GGGGGGAACGAACGCCAGUCAGUGUGUCGCUGGUACAGUCUUCGUCGUCGUCGUCUACAAGCACGUGCCACUCGUUCAUUAAACGAAAUCGUCGGUCGGCAAGUGGUCGCAGGACACGCGAAAGAUCGAGUCUGAAGACUAACUUUAGUGAUAUGGACAAGUUUCGGUGGUGGAAAAACGCUGCGAUGAUCUUUAUAUUCUUCUUGGCGAUCCUGCCGUCUCCGUUGGCGACUGGUUCAAAUACUUGGCAGAAACCAGGUUGCCACAAAGUAGGUCACACGAGGAAGAUCAGCAUACCCAACUGCGUGGAAUUUCCCAUCACGACCAACGCGUGUAGAGGCUAUUGCGAAUCAUGGGCGGUGCCGUCGCCGGCUGACACUGUGAUGAUCAACCCGCACCAGCGUAUCACGUCCGUAGGCCAGUGCUGCAACAUUAUGGAUACUGAGAAUGUCGAAGUGAAUGUCCGUUGUUUGGAGGGGGUGAGAAAGCUGGUGUUCAAAUCAGCGUUGAGCUGUUCGUGUUACCACUGCAAGAAGGAGUGAUUUUUAUUUUCUUGAUGGACAUUUCACCACACCACGGAGACAAAAUAUUUUUGAUUAGAAUUUUUAAACAUCAACAAACGCUAUUAUUACUAUUACACGAGUAAACUAUAGUAUAUACUAUAACUAUAUUACUCUAUAGUUUCCUCAGUCGUAAUUUAUAACUCAUUAAUCAUUAAUACCAUUAUAAUACUGUACUUAAUAACAUAAUGAUAAUAUUAUACUUCGUUUGUACAGUUCGGCACUCGAUGUCUAGUCCGAAUAUUAUAUAAUAGUAUUUUAGUUAAAUGCACAUUAUAGAUCUGGAUUAUUAGUUUUACUACCUAUUAUUACGAUUCAUGAUAUUACUAUGAUUAGACGAUCGAAUGAUAAUGAUUUUUGUUUGUUUAAUAAAAUUUAAAAAAUUUAACCACAA